AUGAUCUCAUUCAAUGGACUCUCUACUAAACAGUAUGCACUGGCCGAUUCUGGAGCAACCAGAUACUUGUAUAUCGAUACUGCAACAGCGCUAGACUUGGUUAAACGAUUAAACAUUCCGAUCAAAACACUAUCACAAGCGAUCCCAACUGUUAGAUACAAUGCAAUCAUAAAGAUCGCGGUAAUCGGAGCUGCAGGAUUCAACCGGCACACCCGCAAAGGGAAAAACGAGAUCUGCGUAGUAACCCUUCAGCAGAUUAAAGAGGUCAUCGAUAAUUGCCUCGCGAUACUUGACCCCCAAGAAGCUGUUAACUUACGGGGGAAGAUCCCCAAGGAGUACCAUGAUUACCUCGACGUUUUCUCCAAAAAGGCUUCUGAUCAGCUCCUACCGCUGCGUGAAAAGAACUACCGGCUGACUCUGGACCCGGAAACGUUACCGGGCGAGACUAUUGGCAAUGGACCUCUCUAUAAGAUGUCUAUCGAAGAGCUGGAAGCAGCUAGACAGUACAUUAUAGAGAAUCUUGACAAAGGGUUUAUCGUCCCUAGUGGAGUACCGUUCGCGUCUCCAAUCCUGAUGGCCAAGAAACCGGAUGGGGGCCUACGGUUCUGCGUGGACUACCGUCGAUUGAAUAGUAUUACGCAGAAGGACCGUUACCCGCUCCCGUUAAUCGGUAAGUUCAUAGAACGCUUGACCGAUACUAGAAUCUUUAUCAAGAUUGACAUCCGACAGGGGUUCUACCGUAUCCGCAUGAAACCGGGACAGGAAGACCUUACUACGUUCAAGACGCGAUACGGGAAUUACAAAUAUCAGGUUAUGCCCUUCGGACUGACGAACGGCCCAGCCACGUUCCAGAGAUAUAUGAAUAGUUUGUUUAUGAAUAUGCUCGACCGCUAUAUAACAGUUUUCAUAGAUAACAUCCUGAUUUUCAGCAAAAACGAAGCCGAACACCGGAAACAUAUAAAAGCAGUAUUAGAACGCCUUCGUGCAGCAGGCCUCCAAGCCGCGAUUCACAACUACAAUAUCCAACAGAUGAUACCGGAUGAGGCCCUGGAGGAAGCCAUCCGUGACGAACGUGCGCUAACCACGCAGCUCUGCGUUCUCGAGAACCUAAAGGGGAUCAAGAUCGUUGACCAAGUGCUAGCCGCUAACCGAUCUGCCCCCUCACUAGAGAGCCAGCGUGCCCAGGCACAGGAGCCAAGUGAUAACUAG